CAAAAGUUGAACUUAAAAUGUUCACCAGUUACAAGAAACCACACGGAUCACCCCACUGGCCGUUGAUCCGUAACGUUAAUCCAACCAUUUAAACUGAAAGAACACGGAUCGCCAUUCUUGUUCGUCUAAAUCCCUUACUCUCUCCCUCUCAAUCAAAAGCUAACAGCCGAUACCAACACCCUUUGCCCCUACGACCAAGAAAUUUUGCUCACUUCAUAUCUCCGCCAUCUCUUCCCAUUCGACAUUUUCAAUCUUAGCUGGCGUCAAUACCAGUUGUCGACACACCGAUACCUCCCCAAUCUGCCAUGACGAAGCAUCGCCACCUCUUCCACUACCUUCCUCACACCAAAAUCCUCUCUCCGUUCGUCAUUAGAAAAACCCUAGCCAAAGUUCCUCAAAAAUUAGUGAAAUCGAUUGUCCCUAUGGUGUCUGCAUAUGUUUCGACCUCCGACCUCCUACCUCCUGUAAUUGAUGGCCUCUGUCUAAAUCUGUGUGUUCUUGAUUUGAUCGAUUUUAGCACUUGGAAAAAUUGGAUUCGAUUUCCAGAUGAAGAACUUGGUCAUUUUUUGAGGGAAUCGAACUGCAAAUACAACAAGCAAAGCCAAGAUCAGUGUUCUAGAAAUCUUGAAAUAUUUAUGAAAUAAGGCUUCAAGAUUGGCGCUAUUUCAGUUUUAACAUUUUAUUAUUUAUUUUGUUCUAUAAAUUCGAAUGUUUGAUUAAAUUUGUGUGUUUACGUAUAAAUAUAUGUGUUUAUUUUUAUUGUUUAAGAUCUCUUAUUUGUUGUUUUAUUUUUGGUGUUUUUGGAUCUGGAUCAGAAAAUUAAUGACAAAAACAAGGAUUAAAAAGUUUCUCACAUAGUUUCUUUCUAUAUUGAUGUUUAUUUAAUUAUGACUUGCCUUUGAAAAUUGUACUCCUUAAUUUAUAGUGUUUAAGGUGAUAAAGGAUGUUCUUGACGGUUUUGCCCUUAGGUGGUUUUGGUGAUAAAUUUCCACUUGCAAGUUCAUUGAUAUCUAUAGUUGGAUGUGAUGUCUAUGUGACUAUGUUCAGUGCUUUAGAUGGUGUACCUUGAUUGUACAAUGUUAUUUCUAGAUUUGCUUUGUAUUCGUGUCUUUGUCCAGCCAAAGGCCUUAAUUGUAAUUAAAAAAUGUUUUAUUAAAGAAAGUUGAUGUCUCGCAACC